AUGUCUAAUUUAAAUCUAGUGGUUUGGAUUUUUAAUUUUUAGCCAGAUAUUCGUUCAUAAUUACAGUCUAAAACCCUCAUUAGAUUAUUGUCUUAUUAUUGCUAGUUGCCCUUUGAGCUGCCUAAACCAUGGAAAGUGGCCUCCACGUUCCCAUUAUUAAGAGAGCUAAAACUGAAAUCCAAAAAAAGAAUCUCCUUCUUAGACUUAAGGAUUUUCGGAAUACGUGCUAAUUCUUAUUCUGAAGUUAAGGUCUAAAAUUAUGCUGAUUUACAAUAUUUCGGUUAAGUUUAAAUUGUUAGCCCUUGCUUAAAUAUUCACUGUUGUCUUAGAUAUGGUUUCUUCUGA